AUGUCAAUAAAUAAUUCAAGAUCAUUUCAAGAUGAAGAUGAUGACUAUUCAAAUCAAAGUCUCGAGUUAUCAAAUGAAUCUAUAAAUCAUCAACAACAACAAUCUUAUAAUUUAUUGUCACCUUCAAAUUUGAGUCGUAUUUCAUCAGCAUUUCACACAUCACUACAAUCUGGUUCAUUAUCACCAUCUUCACCACAAAUUGUAAAUAAUAUUAAGGUCAUAUGUCGAUUUCGUCCAGAAAAUGAAAAAGAAGUAGCAAAAGGUAAAUCUAUAGUCACGUUUCCAAACUCACAAACUGUUACAAUAAAUGGUAAAGAUUAUAUAAAUCAUUAUACAUUUGAUAGAGUAUUUGAACCAAAUUCAUCACAACUUGAUAUAUAUGAGUUUUCAAUCAAUGAUAUUGUUGAUGAUUUAUUAAAUGGUUAUAAUGGUACUAUAUUAGCAUAUGGACAAACUGGUAGUGGUAAAACAUAUACAAUGUUGGGUACAAAUGAACCAUAUGAUUUUAGUUCAAAUGAACAAGGUAUUAUACCAAGGAUCUCCAAUGAAAUUUUCAAAAGGAUCAAUAUGAAUGAAUCUAAUGAAAUUGAAUAUAAUAUUUCAAUAUCAUUUUUGGAAAUUUAUAUGGAACAAAUUAAAGAUUUAAUUGAACCAAAUAUCGAAAAUGAAAAAUUUUCAAUUGUGGAAGAUAAAAUACAAGGAAUGUACGUGAAAGGAUUAACUUGUAAAGAAGUAAACAAUGAAUUGGAGUUCAUCGAUGUUUUAAAUAUUGGUUUGAAAAAUAGAUCAAUCUCAAACACUGAUAUGAAUGAAGAAAGUUCAAGAAGUCAUACUAUUUUCCAAAUUAAAUUGAUUCAAAAAGAUAUUGAAACUGAGGUUAUUAAACGAUCAAGUUUAUUUCUUGUUGAUUUAGCUGGAUCUGAAAAGAUUGAUAAGACAGGAGCUCAAGGUCAAACAUUGAAAGAAGCUAAAAAGAUAAAUAGUUCAUUAUCAGCAUUAGGUAAUGUUAUAAAUUCAUUGACUGAUGGUAAAUCAACUCAUAUACCAUAUAGAGAUUCAAAAUUGACAAGAAUAUUACAAGAAUCAUUAGGUGGAAACUCACGUACUUCAUUAAUUAUAAAUUGUUCACCUUCAUCCUUACAUGAAUUGGAAACGUUGAGUACUUUAAGAUUUGGUACCAGAGCUAAAACAAUUAAGAACGUGGUACAUAUAAAUACAGAAGUUUCACAAGGUUGUUUAAAGAAUAGAAUUUCACAAUUGGAGAAAAUCAAUGAUCAAAAUCAUUUAUAUAUCAAACAAUUGGAAGAAGAAUUAGCUAGUCAAAGAUUGGGUUUUCAUCACCAACAUUCUGCAUCACCACUGAUGUUUUCAUUGAUUGGAAGUGGAGCAACUACAUCAACUACCCAAAGUUUGACUAGGAAAUUAUCAAAAGAGAAUCUUCAAUCUAGGAUACCACAACAAUCAUCGACUAAUUCAAUGUUAUUAUCAUCACCUAGUAAAAAUAAUGUCAAUUUGCAACUUCAAGAAGAAUUAGAAAGAAGAGAUCGUAAGAUUGAAGAAUUGGAAAAUAUGAUUUUAAAUCUUAAAAUGGCAAAUUUGAAAAAUUCACAUCAAGAAGAAUCAAAAUUAUUUUCAUUAGAGAAUACCUUACAUAACAUAAGUAAUAAAUUGGCUGAAGUUGAAUUGGUUAAUAUCAAUUUACGUAAACAUUUAUUAAUCAGUGAAAAGAUUAUCGAAAGUAGGGAUAAUAAAAUUAAUAAAUUGAAAUCAUCACUUAAAGAUCAACAAUUAUUAAUAAGUAAAGAAACAUUAAGUUUUAGAAAUAGGUUAGGCGAAAUUCAGAAUAAGUUGGAACAAUUAAAUACUUACAAACAACAAGAAGUAGAUUUAAAAAGACAAAGUUUAUUAUUACAACAACAACAACAACCUCAACAACAACCUACUCCUGUUGAUUUAGUUGAUGACACUCAAAUUAUAUCAGAUAUAAAUCCAGAUCCAGAUUUAAUUGAUUCAUUUGAUGAAAAUAGUCAAGAUCAAGAUCAAGAUGUUGAAACUUCAAAUACAUUAGUUGAAACACCAAAACCAUCUAAGAAAAUAUCAAUAAUCUCAAAUCAAACAGAUAAUACUAGUGGAUUCUCAAUUUAUUCAUCAAAGAAAUUAGAUGAUUUACCAAUUCAAGAUGGUUCUAAGAUUAUUAAUUUUCAACAAGAAUAUAUUUCAAUUAGUGAAUUUUUAAAAGAAAGUAAAAGAAGAUCUUUAUUAGUAAGUAAUCCAAUUGCCGCAAUAACUUCAACUUCACCGGAUCCAAUUACAGAUAUGAAAAGUUCGGAUACAUCAGGUAUGUUUCUGCAGGAAAGUGAUGAAAGUAAAAGUAAGAAAGACUCAAACGGAUUAAAUUUGAAUAUAGUUAAACCUUUGAAAUCAGCUGGGUUAUUUCACACUAGUUCAUGA